AUAGAGCAUGGAAAGUGGGAUCCUCUGUUUAAAAUAUUGUUUCAAGUCAAUUUUCUCUGGCUCCAUUCAGACACCCUGGGUGAACUGUUUUGGCUGGUGGAAGGAAUACAGAUGGGGAAGAGUAUCUUAGAACUCUCCUAUAUGGUACCUUGUGCGACCAUCUGCCUACUUUCUUCAGUAAAGGCCACAUUUUUCUACGUUCACCAAGAGGUUUUGAUUGAUGUUGUUAAAAAACUUAAAAAUAUACAUCCAGAUGUUGAUGAUAGGAAAGUUACUGACGAAAUAACAAUUGAAGAGGAAGAAUUAAACGAUGUCGUACGAAGGAACGUUAAUGAAUCGACUAAAUUCCUAAAAAGUUUAAUAAAAUUGGACUUAGCUAUAUGUUUGGGGGUGGUAGUGGCGUUUUGUUUGCAACCCAUUUCAGCGAUGGGAUAUGAAUAUUGGAAAACAGGGACUUAUAAAGUCACAUUUCCUUUUAAUGUCAAGUAUUUCUUCGAUCCCUACAGUAAGGCGGUGUGGCCUUUCGUCUAUUUCCAUCUAGUUUGGUCAACUUUCAUAUCAUUCUUCAACACUUUUGGCACGGACACGUUCUUCUUCGCAUUCUGCGUGUACAUGAGGAUGCACUUCCGGAUCCUGCAGCGGAGGUUCCAGGAUGCAGUUUGCGAGAGAGAGGGAAGACAGUUUGUUGAAGUUGUUAAAAGGCACCAGGAUUUGAUACACUUAGCAGACCAAGUGGAAAUCCUGUACUCCAAAUCUACCCUCUUCAACAUCGUCACCAGUUCCGUUCUCAUUUGUCUCAGCGCGUUCAACGUUACGUCGGUGGAGGACAUGGGCGUGGCGAUCUCGUUCAUGGCGUUCCUGUCGAUGAGCCUCACGCAGAUCUUCCUCCUGUGCUACUUCGGGGACAUGCUGAUGAAGUCGAGUAUGGAAAUAAGUGACGCCAUCUACAACAGCGAGUGGUAUCAAGCGGAUCAGCGCAUGAAGAGGAACGUGCUGCUUGUCUUGACCAAAUCACGUAGACCAUGUAAACUGACAGCUGCCCGGUUCGCGGAUGUCAAUUUGACAGCAUUCACUACGAUACUCAGUCGGUCGUGGUCUCUCUUCGCUCUUCUGAAGACUGUUUACAAGUAAACAAUGAGUGAAACCUGCUUCAUU